GACAAACUUGUAUAACUUCUUUCUUUUAAUUCAAAACAUGUGAAAGGCAUUAGUUCUGUCUUUUCAUGUUGGAUUAUAAAAGCAGCUCAGAGUCCCCCACCCCUUGUAACAAGCCAACAAAGAUGUCAGGCAAAAACACAACAAACCGAAAGACUCUGGGCCGGGGCAUUUGUAUCAUCACUGGAGCAUCUAAAGGGUUUGGACGUGCGCUGGCACAUGAAGUGUUCCACUUGCUGGAGCCUGGCUCUGUCCUCCUGCUGGUGGCUCGCUCUGGGACUCUGCUGCAGGAGCUGAAGGAAGAGAUGCAGAGCUUUACUGACAAGCAGCAGCUGGUGGUUCACUGCGUUGCAACCGAUCUGAGCACAAAAGAAGGUGUGAAUGAAACAGUGAAGGUGGCAAGGCAGGAGGCUGUGAAUGAAAUUGAUCAUGUGUUCCUUAUCAACAAUGCUGGCUCUUUAGGUGACAUUUCUGGGUUUGAGAGUCUAACUGACCUUGAAAAGGUGAAUUCCUAUCUGUCCUUUAAUGUCAGCUCACCUCUGGCACUGACUGCAGGAAUCCUGCAGGUAUUUCCAUGCAGAUCGGGCCUGCGAUGGAGUGUGGUGAACGUCUCAUCAGUAUUUGCACUGCAGGCUUUACCCUCCUGGGCACUGUACUGCACUGCCAAAGCUGCCAGGAAGAUGAUGUUCAGUGUACUGGCUGAGGAGGAACCAAAUGUCAAAGUCCUCAGCUAUUCUCCAGGUCCUUUGGACACAGAUAUGCAGGAGGAGAUUCAGAGGUUAACAGGCCUCAGUUAUCGUCUGUUUCCGUGCCAGGAGUCUGCAGCCAAACUGAUGGAGUUGCUUCUGGACAAUAACUUUGCCUCAGGGACACAAGUUGACUUCCUUGAAGUGUGACAUCAAUGUAACUGAGUGUUAAGAAAAAUGGUGUUGAUCUUCUGCAAAUUUAUUGCAUCUCACUCCCUUACUAAAGUUAGAAUUUGGGAAAAAUAUAUUUAGAUGUUUGCAAUGUUAACUUACCUAUCAACCUGCUUGUAUUGGAAUAAUUUAAUCCAGGGCCUUUGAAAGAGAGAAAAUAAAUAGAACACAGGACAGUAGCUACAUGCAUAGCACAAUAUAGAGAAUACAAUAACUUUAAAGAUAAUUGCUGGCAUAUGCUUUUAUACAUGCUCUCCUCUGAAUAUCUCUUAAUUGUAAAUGGACAUCUUUAACCCAAAUGUUGAGUGAAAUUUCAGUGUUUUUUUAAAUAUACAAAUAUAAUUCAGUAUCUAGAAAUUACUUUUGUAUUUGGAGAAACCUCUUACUUCCAACUGUAAUAGAACACAGAACUUUUGUGCACUGUUGGCACUAUGAAAUGUUACAUGAAUAUGUGUAUAUCUAUUGACAUGUAUCACUGUGAGCAUUUUAAGGAACGAGUCUGAUAUAAAUAUAAUCUGGGUACAAUGCAUGGCAUAGAAUACAACUGAAACCUUAGUAGUAUUGUGUUAAAGGAUUACUACAGGCUUCCUAAAACUAUGGUUUGUAGAAAUGAAAAGAAAUGCAAAGCAUUUCCACACCAAGCUGAAACAGUGCUGGUGAAGAAUAUUUGAGGAUGUUUGUGCACAUGUGUAUGAGGGAGUUUUGGUGUGUAUAUUUGUGUGUCUGUUCCUGAUUAUAUUACAGUGUAGGGACGCAAACCUGCUAGGCACAUUGUGGGGACCUUAAAACCAGUCCCCUCACAGUGUGUAUGUGAGUGUGACAUUAAUGAUGCUCUGUUAUAUCAUAGCCUUUGUUAUAAUUAGAGAGAGAGAGUAAGUUAGAGAAAACACCAGAACAGAGUAGAGGCAGAGAGAUAGAUCAGGUCUGUCAAAGGUCUCGCAGCUGUCCAGCAUUACCACACACUCCUGACAGACAGCCCCAGCUGAGGGACAAAAAUAACCCUCAGGGACCAAGCACCUACCAAUUCACUGUGGGGGGUAGUUAACAGCACAAAAAGCAAAGAGUGUGAACACAAAUUCAAAUAAAUGAAAGUAUU